AUGGACGACAAACGUGCGCGUAAUAGCGGCCAUUUAGUCACUGUCACGCCUUUGCGCUCCUCCACAGACGUCGAUGUAAUCUCUACAGAUAUUAAUGUCAACCGAAAGCGUCGCAUGGACGCACUUGGUGCUCUCGCUUUGGCUGUAACACGUGCUCCACCUGGUGCCCUGAGCUAUUCAGCAAUUCAGACCAGCGCCUCUAACUCACCUUCCGUGCUGCAAUUGUUUAGAGCUGAAAAUGCUGGUUCAAGGAUAAGCAGUAGCUUUUCUUCUGUCUCAUCUGUGUCCACAUCGACUUUGUGGGAUGUCAAGAGCGCACGGGACCUAGAGCAAGAACCGGACGGUGGAAUACCUAAUAAGCGCUCUAGAUUCGCACCUUAUUCUCUUCAAGAGACGGUGGUAAUUGGUGGAAUAGAUAACGACCGUGUUAUGAUGGUUCAUAGCUUAGGAAAAGACAACAGAGACGGAGACAAGAGAGUGGAGCAGUUUGAAGCCAUGAGGGAAGACUCACAAAAUAUGAUGGAAAUCAUGAGUAUUUCGCAACAGAAUACACAAGAGUGCACACAAACCUUAGAAGACAGUCCGUCGCAAUAUCUUAUGAGGCUUGUACUGCAUCCAGAAGUGGACAGAGCAGUUACAGCUUUCCAGAAGAAUGCACUGGAGAAGAAUGGAUUAUACCGCAUCGAAAUGCAAAUGCUUAAGCCAAGAGUAAAGCUAGGGAGGGAAGAAUAUGUGAGUAUUUUUGACAAGAAGACGUCUGGAGUGGAUCCAGUAAAACUAAGCAGGACACACUGUAUUAUUGAAGUGGCGUUGGAUCCAGAGACACAUCGACAUGCAGUUUUUAUUACAGACAAAAGCACGAACGGGAUAAGAAUCGACGGCGUACAGGCACAGAAGGACAAGAAGUAUAAGUUGGUGGAUGGUCAAAAUAUCACACUAUUAUCGUCUCGUCAGGGAAAUGUGCUGCUUGGAUAUGUCGUGGAAGAUCCUCAUGUAAGAGGUGCGCAAGAAGACACGAAGAGCAACCGGAGACCAGGUGUAGCUGAGUCGCAGGAUGAGUCUCAGCAGGAACCAAACUUUCAGGAGUACACGCUGGGAGUGCUGUUUUCGGCUCCUUUAGUCGGAAAAGACAUUCAUGGCAAGUACCAUCCUAUCGCUGCGUUAGAUGUUAAGCGCGAGUACUCGAUCCUACAGAAGAGUUUGAUAGAAGCAUCUAAGUUUGCAAAGCGACCUGCAACAGGCAACGACGGACCAGACAAGAAUGGCUCUGGCGCUUUGUCCAGGGUAUAUCAUUGCCCACGUCGAAUUAGUGUGGUUGCCAAAUUUGCCAACACGGACGCAUUCCGUGCCAUGAUCACAUUAGGAUGUAGAGCACUUCAUUUUUCAGGCCAUGGUGACGAGAAUCACUUGUACUUCGAAGAUGGAAUGGGGUUGGUGCAUCCGAUCCCCCAUAAAGGUCUUCAGGAACUGUUUUCGGCAGGAGGUGGCAGGGAUGAGUCAACACUACGUCUUGUGUUUGUUUCUGCUUGCUCCUCUGCACCGCUGGCUUAUGCUUUCGUAUCGUGUGGAAUUCCGCACGUCAUCGGUGUUCGAACCAACCAAAAGAUUGAAGACUACGCGGCUAUUGAGUUCACGCGCGCGUUUUACCUGGCACUUGCAACUGGUAAGUCUGUGGAGGCAAGCUUUACCAUUGCUCAGCAAUCAGUUGCAAAAUCGCCAAAUAUUCGAGGACCCAUGGCAGUUGCUGAGAAAUUUAUGCUAUUACCAGAGGACGGUGACCACUCGGAGAUUAUUUUUCCAUUAGCUGCCGUUGAGUCAUCUAAUAUUAUCAAUCUUGAACCAAUGAAAUUCAAGCGAUACCCUAAAUUAUGGCUUGAUGACUUGCCAGCGAUGUGCCAAGGGUUUUGUAACCGCUCUGUCGAAGUGUACAAGAUCUGUCUUGCUUUGAUGAUGACGCAGUCUCGGAUCACACGUCUUGUGACAAUCUGUGGUGAGGAAGGUAUCGGAAAGACUACAAUUGCCCACGCUGUAGCAAAUUACGUUGGACCGCGUAUUACUUCAGAGGGAGGGGUUCGCAUUUUUUCGGUGGCCAGGCUAGCCCAAGAUGAAAUGGAUGAGCACGUGGGAAUGUUGCGGCGAAACAUCAAAAUUGCAAACGUUCGUUGUCGUGUACUGAUUCGGUUAGAGACGAUGGUCUCGGAUCAUCUCAAGCAACACAAGGCUCGAAUUGAGUUCAACAAUCAGCAAUUGCUGAUGGUCAUGGAUGGCUGCGACUAUCUUCUGCGCAAUGAUGGUCGCCGCGACCGUUUUCGCGCAUUUCUGUCCGACAUCCUGACCAAUAAUGUUUCGUUGAAAGUCGUGCUGACGGCAAGAACGUCUAUCUGUACGGAUGGUGCUGUCCGCGGUCACGGAGAGCGAUUGUACACGCUUUCAAGGUUUGACAUGAAGAGUGCGACGAUGAUGCUAGUGAGUCUGAUGAGCCGGCCUAUUCGUAUGGAAGAACUGAAGCUCGCGCGCGUUACCAACUCGUCGGAUAAGCUAGAGCUUAUUGCUUCUCACCCGGCACUGAGAGCCACGAAGGGUAUUCCCAAAUGCAUAGCUGACCUUGCUGGCAGACUCAAUGAGACAACCAUGGACAAAAUUUCCGUAGACGAACCUGAACUGAAUCUCAUGGAAUGA